AUGGCUGUUCAGUACGGCACGGAAGACGAAGGCGAUGACAGUAUGCUGCACGCACCCAGUGACACCGAGUAUCCGCUUCUUGAUCGUGUCAAGUCGACCUAUACCUCACUCCCCACAUACCAGCUACCUAAAGGCGAGGAUCGACACUACCAGCAACAGUAUGCCGACAUGUACUUUGCUCGUCUCGCGCAGAUCAAGCCGGCUGUGGAGCAGAUAGCGAGCGAAGCAUGGGCGGACUUCGGUAUUGCUGGAGAGAAAGCAUUACGCAAGGACAGAGUGCUGGACGUGCGGCAAGGUGAACUGUGCUGGGUGAUAGGCACAGUCUACAUGGAGAUGCCGCUGAAGCCGAACGUGCUAGAGGACAUCGGCAAAGAGCACUGGAUUGCUGCGCCUCCUCCGAGGGUCAAGUACGAUAGUGGAAUGGCCAAUGGGGACUCUGAGCAUGGUGCUCAUGCUGGUGGAGGGAAGGGUUUAAGUGGGGCACAGAUUAUGUUGGAAGAUGAAUCCGGUAGGCUGAGAUUGACAGGGAGCUAUCUGGAAGGAGGACUGCUAGUGACGGGUGCUAUCGUGGCUGUCGUGGGCACAGAGAAUGCGGAUGGAGAUUUUGAGGUACUAGAGAUACGGGUGCCGGAUCUGCCACGACAGCCGCCGAGAUGGGAAACUGAAGAUGGAGAUGCAGCUGUAAACGGCAAGUCAGCGUCGCAGAAAAGAAGUAAGGCGGGCAAGGUAGCAAUCGUGUCUGGUCUUGGCAUGUCUGGCGACGAAGGCGAUACAUUAUCGUUAGACAUGCUGAUGGAGUAUCUGCUUGGCGAGUCUGCUGAGCCAGGUAGUCAAGAAGAUGCGUCUGCUAUCUCGCGACUGAUCAUCGCCGGCAACAGUCUGUCGCACGGCUCUCCGAUUCCUUCGCGAGAGGAGAUGGCAGCCGUGGCAAAGAAAGUGGGCCGGAAGACUUAUGGCUACGACAGCUCAUCAUACAACAAAGCACCGACAGAUCGGCUGGAUCAGUGGCUUGCCUCGCUACUGCCAUCAAUGCCAAUCACACUUCUACCUGGCGAGCAGGACCCGACAUCGACAAGCUUGCCACAGCAGCCUAUCCAUGCUGCCAUGUUCCCACACAGCAGAGCGUACAUGAACGCACCAGCUGCCAACGAAGGCGCAGGCUGGUUUGACAGCACCACGAACCCGGCUGAAUGCAGCGUCGAUGGGUGGCGUUUACUUGCCACAGGAGGUCAGCCAGUUGAUGAUGUCUACAAGUACCUCCCUGAUUGCGAAGAGCGACUCGAGAUGAUGGAGGCCAUGCUGCGGUGGAGACUGACGGCACCAACAGCUCCUGACACGCUGUGGUGCUAUCCUUUUCAAGACGGCGAUCAGUUUGUGCUCAAGGAAUGCCCACAUGUGUACAUCGUGGGUAAUCAGCCGAAAUUCGAAACCGUGGUUAUUGAAGGUCCGGUCGGUCAGCAAGUCAGGCUUGUGGCAGUGCCAAAAUUCAAGGACACGGGUGAGCUGGUCUUGCUGGACUGUGAGACACUGGUACCUGAAGUUGUGAAGUUUGAGGUUUUUGAGGAGGGAUGA